GGCCCCACCCCUCGCCCCGCCCCCAGCUCUGACGGCGCCGGGCGCUUCUCGGGUCCCUACCGGGCCCCCAGGCUGGCUUCCGCGGUCGCCAUGACGGCGGCCGUGUUCUUCGGUUGCACCUUCAUUGCCUUCGGGCCUGCGCUUGCCCUCUACGUCUUCACCAUCGCCAUCGAGCCGUUGCGCGUCAUCUUCCUCAUCGCCGGAGCUUUCUUCUGGUUGGUGUCUCUACUCCUUUCAUCCCUUUUAUGGUUCAUAGCAAGCCACAUUACUGAGAACAAAGAUGGACCAACACAGAAAUAUGUGCUAAUCUUCGGAGUGUUGGUUUCAGUCAUUAUCCAAGAAAUGUUCCGAUUUGCUUAUUACAGACUUUUAAAAAAAGCCAGUGAGGGUUUGAAGAGCAUAAACCCAGAUGAGAGUGCACCCUCCAUGCGAUUGCUGGCCUAUGUUUCUGGCUUGGGCUUUGGAAUCAUGAGCGGAGUGUUUUCCUUUGUGAAUACCCUGUCUGACUCCUUGGGGCCAGGUAUUGUGGGCAUUCAUGGAGAUUCUCCUCAGUUUUUCCUUAAUUCAGCUUUCAUGACGCUGGUUAUCAUAUUGCUGCACGUGUUCUGGGGCAUUAUAUUUUUUGAUGCUUGUGAGAAGAAAAAGUGGUACAUUCUUCUUCUAGUUCUCCUGACCCAUCUGCUGGUAUCUACUCAGACCUUCCUAAGUCCUCACUAUGGAAUAAAUCUGGUGUCAGCAUACGUAAUCAUGGUGUUCAUGGGCAUCUGGGCAUUUUUUGUUGCUGGAGGCAGCUGCCGAAGCCUGAAAUUCUGCCUGCUCUGCCAAGACAAGGACUUUCUUCUUUACCACCAACGUUCUAGAUAACCUCCAACAAUCAGUUCCUACCAACAGCAGGCUGUGUCAAUAGAGGAAGCAAAACAGUGCCUUUUUCUAAAAAGAGUAAGAAAGAAAGAAAUCCCCUUUUCUGGUGGAAUUUUGGAAAAGCAAAGCUAUCUAGAUAGGAAUUCCAUUUGCUUGGCUUUCAAGAAACAGGUCUCUCAAAAGGAUGCCUCUGUGGUCUGCGUGAUGGCUGCAUGUUAGAGACACCUGGGAAACAGAAGGAAUACUGAUUCCGGGCUCUCCACUCCAGAUUUAAUUGGCCUGAGCAUUUGGUAAUUUUUGAAAGCUUCCAAGUAAUUCUGAUGUGUGGCAAGGCUGAAAAGCACUUCUUAAUAUCCUAAGUAAAUGAGAUUCUGAUAUUUAACUGUCUCCUGACUCAACUUGUGCUAAGCAAGUAAAUUUCUGAAUGUCAAAUUCUAGUUAUCCUUUAUCUUUUUAUGUUAUGAAUUCACAAAAGGCUAAAGGGCUAUCACCUCUGAACCAUUCACAUAUAUUUCACUAAUACCAUCUUAGAAAAACAUGGUAGACUGUGCUUCUCAAUACAAUAAUAAAUUACACUGACUUACUCUGAUAAUUUAGCCAAAGUAAGAUUAAAUUAAUAAGGUAUAUUCUCCUGAAAUUUUUCCAUUCUAGAUUUUGCUUUUUUGAGGCACUGCAUUUUUUUAAGUAUAAAUUCAGUUUAAGAUUAAUUUUUUAUUUCCUUGGAAAGUACAAAAUCAAGAAUUGUGCAAAGUCUUUUGAGUCUUUUCUUAGUUUAAAGCUGCAGUGUUUACUGAGUGCCAGGUACUGGAUUAGGUGAGGUAAAGCCCCGUGUUUUAUCCCUAAGCAACUGAACAGAGAACUGAGAACUGUACCCUGGGACAGGCUUCCCUAGAGCUGGUGGAAAUGUGACCAAAAGCUCAAGGAAAAUAAGCCAAAAGGAUGUUCUUGGACACUUUUCAUUUGCUCCUGUUACUGUUUUUAGCUGAAUCUAGCCAGCCAGCAUCCAGGCAGACAAAGUUGUCAUUAACAAUUCUAAACAGCUCCUUUACCCAAAUGGUAUAGUAUAAAAUUGUAAAAAUGUAUUUUAAACUGCCAGAUUUUUUGCUAUUACAUAUCCAUAUAAUCUUUAGAUUUAUUAGGUAUCUGGGUUUUGAUAGCAGUGAUAUAGCAUUCAUUCUCUUUAGAAGAAUAUCCAAGGUGUUUGUUCAGCUUCUAAAUAACAUUUUUAAAAUUUCCUUUAUGGAGAGGAAAUCCUAGUGAAUUAUGAUUAUACUAACUGGAAAUUUUUCCCAGUUUUUGUCUUUGGAGAGCUGAUACUGUGAAAUGGAAUUUAUACAUUAAAAGGAUACUUCUGUGAAUCCUAUAUAUGCAGAAGAAGGUCCCCCCCACCAAAAAGAAAAAGAAAAAAAAGCAGCAAUGAAGGGUUCAAUAUAACACACUAGAUGAAUGAAUGUGACAGAACCAUGAUGGGAAAAAAUAAUGAAUGUGCUUUAAAUAGAAGUGCAUUCAGCUUUUUGAGCAAACUGUACAUCAUUCCAGAGGCCAGAACUUUACUCAUGGACUAGAGUUUUGUCAAUGAAACCUCACCGUGUUUAAAAUACUAGAAUAUGUCAAUCUAGAGAUGAAAAAGGAGUAGAGCUUCUACCAGCCUAAUAAGUAAUUGUAAUUAUUCCCCUAAAGGUAACUACAGCACCAGUACUAGUAUUUUCUGCUGGAGUUCACAGGUUUUUUUUUUUCCAGCUUUAUACAAGAUUAUUCUUGGACUAGAAGAGACAAGGACUUAGUAACUGAACAGUGAAUUUUACUGUACAGAGUUAAGGGGAAUAAGAUGCCCAUAGAAUUGGGAUUUAUUCUUAGCAGAACAUGGUCUCUGUCCCUUUCCUCUUUCUCUGCCUCCCCGUUUUCUCUCCCGCUGCUCUUUCUGUCUCUCUCUUGUGGUACUGAGGACUGAACCCAUGGCCUCAUGCAUGCUAGGCAAGUGCUCUACAACUGAGCUAUAUCCCCAGCCUGAAUUAUAUAUAAAUCUCUUAAGUGAAUACUCUGAUAAAAUAUUUUCCUAUAUCUAAAAUCUGAGAUUUUAAUAUUAUUCAUAUUGGAGCUUUGAUCAAGUUCUCUGUACACCAAUAACUUAAUAUUAAGAAGCUGAAAUAUUGUAUCAUCUCAUUUAAUAAAAACUCAGAAGUUUUUUAUGGUCAGACUAUUGCCUUAGUUCAGGAAAUUAUUUAAUAAUCUUUGGUUACCUAUGAAUAAGGGAAUGAUGUAGACCUGAUUUCUCUUAGAAUGUGAAUAUUACCAAGGUCAGUUCAGGCACUUGUUUCAAACAGGCUGCUUUGCCAUCUGCCAAGGAAGCCUAGAGGGAGGUGUAGACUUCCUCUGUUGCUAUGUUUGUAUUGAAAUGCCUUUUUUUUUUUUUUUGCAUUUGUUAUCUAUACAGAUCUUUCUGAGUCCUGGUAAUAACUGGAGAGGAGUUGGUGUUGGUGCUGCAUGCUUUCCUCCAUGCAGGAUUUUUCUGUUUGGUGGAAAAUGUGGACAGUUAACAUUGACCUUGGAAUUUUGAAUAUUGUUGCAGUGCUUAAAUAUUUUGCCAUGUAAUUAACUGAUACUGAUUCUGUUGUUUUCUAAUAUAGGUUAUACUUUUUAUUUCAGUUGAGUAAUCAUAACCAGAGAUGUCCAAUUGCCUUGAUCCUGGCCUAGGUGUUAUAGUAGCAAUGGCCCUUUUGACCUUCUUGAAAACAUGACUGAAAGGAAGUACUGAUAUCAUCUGCAGAAUGCAUAGAAAAUGAUUUCUGUUCCCAGUGUUAAUUUUCUUCUCAAGCACAUUCCAGUGACUGCUGAGAGUGGCAGAUUGACACUGGAAAAACAAGGUGUUCUUAUCUAUAGAGUGGAUGCAACGUAUGCAGUUGUGACAGAAGAUUCCUUGUAACUAGUACUCCUUCCAAUUACUUCAGCCCAGCCCCCAAACAGGGUUUAGUAGUCAGUGUGGGCCCCAGGGUGACACUGAAGCUUUGCCAACUAGCCAGGGUGGCAACCUGUCUAGGGUACUAGCAGCCUGCUUCCUGGGAAGAAUUCCUCAAGGGUGUUGGCUUUUACUUAGUUUUUUCUGGGACCCACCAUUCCUACUUCCAGGUAGACAAGGUAGAUGUCACAAAAAAAUAUUUUGAAGUGCUUUGCUUAGAACAUUUUGCUUAUGAUAACAAAUGCUUAUAUUUCUUAUUUACUAAGAGGUUUUACUUCUAGUAAAUUUUAGAAGAGUUGGGGACUGUCUGUGUGUAAAAUAUGUAACAGUUUAUAAAAGUUAUACAUUCCAUCCUAUACAGUUGCAACAUCCAACCUUGCAUUCCAUACACAAUGCAGUAGACUCUUUGCAGACCUGUAUUUUUCAGUGAAUAAUAAAAAGAUCAUUUGGUACUACUCA